AUGUCUGGGGCUUCCUCCACUACCCCUCAGGGGCCUCCAGGCUUCGGUAAUCACCCUGCUGUGUCCCGAGCAUGGCUAAAGCGCAUGGUUACCAUCCUAGAGACCCGAGGCCAGCUCUCACAUGUGGCCUGGAAAAGGGCCUUGGACGAAUUUCGAAAGCUCCUUCUCCUUCCCCAAGAUCCUUCUGCGUUUGCUCCUCUACACAUUUUGAGCGUGGCCAAGAAGGCUUGCGAUGAGGAUUUCGAGCAUUUCGGAGAUUUCAUCCACCAAGCGGAGGCAAACCCGAUGCUCCUUGUGAACAGGCAGCGUCCAGUCAGUGCUUGGUCAGCCCAAUGCAUGGCGCGUAUGGUUGGUUUCGAAGCCGGCCACGAAGACGACAGCGAGUGGUGGAUGACAAGUGGCAUGAUGGUUUGGAUUGAGAACCUCGACGACGAUGUUUACUUUCGCAUUCAUUACACCCGGCGUCGAUUCCUUCAAGCCCACGAGCUUUGCUACUCGCUGGGCGACAUUGAAAAGGGGCGCGAAGUUGCUUGCAAGGGCCUUCAUCACAUGAAGGCCUUUGUGCAUCUACACCAGAAUGGGCGGGUGCUUGCGCAGGUCGGGAACCACAUUGGAGAGCUUCAAAAGUUGAUUCGAGACAAGGGUCUUGGAGGGUGUUUGCCCCCAUUUUAUUAG